AUGUUAGCGCCCCCAACGUGGUUCGACUUCUCUGCCGAGUGCAUAUACACUGCACAGAAACAGAAAAAAAACAAGUCUUGGCGAGACGGUCUCUGCACGUGCUGCUUUGAGCGUGGUUGGGUCGUAUUGAAGCUGUUUCCUGAAGGCGCUAGCAUUACCAGCGAGCCCCUCGAGGUUUGGCGGCUUGCUCCCAACACCCCAGAGGCUGUGGCGCAAACCGAGGGCAUGGCAACACGAAUGUCUCUGAUAGAUGCUUAG